UAAGAGUAGAGUACCUACCUAGGUGAUCUUCCUACAUACCUAGUAAUUUUAUAGGUAGGCUACCUACCUAUUCAUAUAAUUUCAUUCAGUAUCAGUAGUCUUGCGGUGCUUGCCGUUUGUUUACAUUGUUGUUAUGAUCAUGUAUUCUUCAAGCGUGAAAAGAUUUUUGUUUCUAAAUCAAGCCUCUAGAAGAUUUCGUACAUUUUCUACAUCCAUUAGUAACUUCAAACUUUUCAAUAGUGAGAUACCUGAUAUUGACAUAGAUUAUUAUUGCAAUCCAAAAAAUUUGCAAGAAAUAGAACUAAAUAUAAGUACACGUAAAGGCGUUGGAAAUAUAGGACAGGUCAUCGAUUUACAUAAUGAAUUAAAGUGUAUGUCAAAAUCCAAUAGUUCAUACAAAAUAUUGAUGCAUGAAUUUCAGAAAUUACUAAUGAGUUUACCAAAUAGAACCCAUCCAAUUGUGCAACAAUAUAGUGAAGAUCCACAUUUAGUUCAAGAAAUAAAUAAAAAGAGAGAUUUUGGAAUACAUACCCCAUUAGAGUUCAGUGAAAUUACAAGACGCAUGAAUUUAACACGGACUGAUAAGUUGGGUCAUACAUGUGGUCACAAAAGUUACUACUUUCUAGAAGAGUUAGCUGAAUUAGAAGAAGCUUUGCUGAAGUAUACUGUGUCAUUCCUGUUGAAAAAUCAAUUUAAUAUGCUGUCUGUUCCUGAUAUCCUUCCCAGCAAUAUUUUAAAGAGCUGUGGAAUGACUGUAAAUAGUGACCGAACUCAGAUAUAUUCAUUAGAUCCUCAUCACCAUGGGCCUGAUUUGUACCUCUCAGGUACUGCUGAGAUGUCACUGGCUGGCUUGUUGAUGAAUUGCAUGCUCUCCAAAAAGGAUUUACCUUUAAGGCUUGCUGCUGUAAGUAGGUGUUACCGUGCCGAAACUUCAAGUAUUGUAGAAGAAAGAGGAAUUUACAGAGUUCAUCAAUUUACUAAGGUAGAAAUGUUUGCCGUGUCCACACCAGAACAAUCAGAGAGUAUGCUGGAGAAUUUGAAGAGUUUGCAACAAGAACUAUUUGCACCACUUGGCUUCCACAUGAGAGUUUUGGACAUGCCACCUCAUGAGUUAGGAGCACCUGCUUACAGAAAAUAUGAUAUUGAAGCAUGGAUGCCAGGCCGUAACAGUUAUGGUGAAAUAUCCAGUUGCAGUAAUUGUACUGAUUAUCAAUCCAGAAGACUAAACAUUAAAUACAGAGAUGGCAAUACCUUGAAAUUUGUACAUACACUUAAUGGGACUGCAUGUGCAAUGCCAAGAAUGUUGAUUGCACUCCUUGAAACUCAUCAAGAUCCUAAAGGAAAAAUCUAUGUACCGCAUAUUUUACAACCAUUUAUGAAAGGGAAAGCUUUCAUUGGUAAAAAUACAGUAGUUCCCGAAUUAAAGUUGAUGAAAAAAAUGAAAUAAAAAUUUCAUGUCAA